AAAGUCUAAAAACAGAAGGGAAAAGGAUUUCUCUUGUCGCGGAAGAUCCAGUUUCAAUUCCAAACACGAACUGAAACAAAUUCCUUCUUCUUCUUCGUUAUUCGCUUGUUGCCUUGUCUCCAUGAUGUUUUUGAAUUACUUUAAUUAAAAACCAAAAGCGAAAACACUCUCAAAGUCAGGAAGGCUGCUUUUCUCUUUGUGUCGAAGUGUUCAACAAACAAGUUGAAGAAUAUAUAAACAUAAAGAGUUUGCUUACAAUCAAUCAAUCUGUCAAAUCUUAAUCAGCAUUGAAAGGUAGAAGAGUGCGUUAUGGCUCGAGAGGAAAAGAGUGGGAGUGGAUGUGGAUCUUCAUCUUCUACUAUCCUCCAAUUCGUACCCUUUAAUAGCUUAGCUGACGAAGGUUUCUGGCACAGAUUGUCUUCUUUGAAGCUCAACAAAUAUGGCAUCGAUGAUUCUCCUAUACCCAUCACCGGGUUUUAUGCGCCUUGCUCACAUUCUCAAGUAUCCAAUCACCUGAGACUUCUCGCUGAAUCUUUGCCGACUGAUGAAAAUGACCAGUCUUCAAUGCCAGCAAUUAGUCGCGGUAACAGGAAUAGAUGCCCUGUACCCGGGACUCUUUACAAUACAAAUACAUUGGAGGCCUUCCAUGCCCUGGAUAAAAAGAGCUUGCUAAAGGAGGAAGCAAACAAGAUUUGGGAAGACAUUCAUAAUGGGAGAGCAGUGGAGGACAGUGCGGUGCUUUCAAGGUUCCUUCUUAUAUCCUUCGCAGACCUAAAAAAAUGGAGCUUUCAUUACUGGUUUGCUUUCCCUGCCUUGGUGCUUGAUCCUCCUGCGACAUUGGUUGAAUCAAAGCGUGCUUCAGAAUGGUUCACCUCAGAAGAGGUAAAAUCUGUAUCUGUGGCUUGUAAUGACUGGCGUAACUCAAGCUUAACCGCAGAUGUUCCAUUCUUUUUUAUCAGUAUUGCUUCCAAUUCCCAUGCUACUGUCAGGCAUCUAAAGGAUUGGGAAGCCUGCCAGGCUGAUAAUCAAAAGGUGCUAUUUGGUUUUUAUGACCCAUGUCAUGAAAAAGAUCCUGGUUGGCCUCUUCGCAACUUCCUAGCACUGAUUUCUUCAAGAUGGAAUCUGAAGAGUGUCCACUUUUUAUGCUACAGAGAGAGUCGUGGUUUUAUGGAUAUGGAGUCUUCCCUUGUCAUUGAAGCCUUAAUAACAGCUCCACAAGGAUUGAAUGAUCGUCAACUUGUACCUAAUGCAGUUGGAUGGGAAAAAAACAAAAAUAAAUACGUAUCCAGAUGUAUUAACCUUGCUACAUCCAUGGACCCAACUAGGUUGGCCGUAUCUGCUGCAGAUUUGAAUUUAAAACUAAUGAGAUGGCGUGCCUUGCCAUCCCUUAACUUAGAUGAGUUAUCUUCUGUGAAGUGUCUUCUCAUAGGAGCGGGCACGCUUGGAUGCCAGGUUGCUCGCAUGCUUAUGGCUUGGGGUGUCCGAAAAAUUACACUACUUGACAAUGGAAGAGUGGCUAUGUCUAAUCCAUUGAGGCAGUCCCUGUACACAUUGGAUGACUGCCUCGAUGGAGGUGAUUUUAAAGCCUUGGCAGCCGCUAAAAGCUUGAAGCGUAUUUUUCCAGCUGUGGAAGCAAAGGGUGAAGUGAUGGCUAUACCAAUGCCUGGUCAUCCAGUGACUAACCAAGAAGAGAAGAGUGUGGUUGAUGAUUGUAGCCGUCUGUAUGAUCUGGUUGAUUCCCAUGAUGCAGUUUUUUUGUUGACUGAUACAAGAGAGAGCCGAUGGCUCCCAACCCUUCUAUGUGCAAGUGCUAACAAGAUUACUAUAACUGCAGCUCUUGGGUUUGAUAGCUUCUUGGUAAUGCGGCAUGGCCCUGGUCCUUUUAGCUCUGCUCAUGCUAACACUUCAUCUGUUGAUAUGGAAAACCUUGCUCAAACUGACAAAGGAGGGAAGAGACUGGGCUGUUACUUCUGCAAUGAUGUGGUUGCACCUACAGAUUCAACUGCCAAUCGAACUUUAGACCAACAGUGCACUGUUACACGUCCAGGGCUUGCUCCUAUUGCUUCAUCUCUUGCUGUAGAGCUUUUUGUCAGCAUCUUGCAUCAUCCUAAUGGGAUGUUUGCUGAAGGUGAUAUCACAAACUCCACUAGUAGCAGUGGUGGCAGUGAGCCACCUCUUGGUAUAUUGCCCCACCAGAUUCGGGGUUCUCUCUUUCAUUUUUCGCAAAUGACCCUUGUAGGCCACUCCUCUAAUAGUUGCACUGCUUGUUGCAGCACUGUUGUAUCAGAAUAUCGGAAAAAAGGAAUCGAAUUCCUGCUUCAAGCAAUUAAUCAUCCUACUUAUUUGGAGGAUCUCACCGGACUCACAGAAUUGAAGGAGUCGGCUAACUCGUUUAAAUUGGACUGGGAUGAUGAGACAGAUGACUUUGAUGAAGAUGAUUGUGUUGAAAUAUAAUUAUCUUUCCACAUUUUCUAAUUGUUCUCAUAUCAAUUGUACAAAUGAAAGCAAAUCAGUGACAUUCUUUUCUUCUCCAUUA